AUGUCUCUAUUCAUACCUGGUGAUGGAAUUCUCAGGACUCAUCUCACGUGGGAUGAACUUCAAAGGGCCGUCUUCAUAGCAUUCGGAGACGGCGCGAUAUUUGGGCCCAACAAAGACGUCAAACAGAUUGGCAUCGGC